AUGCGUAGAGCAAAGGCAUUAUUAAAGGAAAUGGUGGGGGGCUGCUGCGUUUGUUCGGACGAGAAUGGCUGGACGGAGAACCCUUUGGUGUACUGCGACGGGCAGGGUUGCACGGUCGCCGUUCAUCAAGCAUGUUACGGCAUAGUCACGGUGCCGACGGGAGCCUGGUUCUGCCGGAAAUGUGAGAGUCAGGAGCGAGCCGCGAGGGUUAGGUGCGAACUGUGCCCGAGCAAAGAUGGAGCGCUCAAACGGACCGAUUCUGGCGGCUGGGCGCACGUGGUGUGUGCACUUUACAUACCCGAGGUCCGGUUUGGGAACGUCACUACAAUGGAACCUAUCAUGCUCCAGCUUAUACCUCAGGAAAGGUUUAAUAAGUCAUGCUAUAUUUGCGAAGAAAGUGGAAAGGAGAGUAGAGCAACGAUAGGAGCUUGCAUGCAGUGCAAUAAGUCAGGCUGCAAGCAACACUUUCAUGUCACCUGUGCACAAUCUAUGGGCCUACUGUGUGAGGAAGCAGGAAACUACCUGGACAACGUGAAGUACUGUGGUUAUUGCCAGUACCAUUUUUCGAAGUUACAUGGAAGUUUAUCUCCCCCUUUGCUGUGUUUCAGAGGUUCAUGUGGAAGGAAAGGUACUGUUGUUAUACCUUUAUCAAAGUGGAGAGUCAAGAUACAAGAUCAAGGGAAAAGAGAACUAGAUAGAGAGUUCAAAAAGUCUGGCAUUCAUGUAGGUUGA